UUAUCAGUCGGCGCGUCUAAUGUCACGUAGUGACGUGCUUGCGAGUUCGUCACGUUGUUUCGUUUACUUAUUUAAGGAACGUAAACAAGUAAGAGAUAUAAACAAGUUUCACAGAAAAGUUUGCGCAAUUAUGGAUACCAGUAGAUAUUAUAAAAAUUCAUUUGAAGAUUACUCCCCUUCGACUAGUCGCAAUAUAAUUGAUAAUGAUACGAUUCAUGAUACAUUCAAGUCAUUACUGACAUCAACAAUUGAAAAGUUAAUGAAAACGUUGAAACAAAAUAAGAAACUCUGGCUAAGUAAUGACUAUUCUGUGUACACUGGAAUAGCGGGAAUUGCGUAUCUCUAUCAUCAAUAUGGAAAAUGUGACGACAAUUCUGAAUACAUUCAAACGGCAACAGAAUUAUUGAGAAGAUGCUGCGAUAAGUACACAAGCAGACACAAAAUUACUCUUUUGACCGGAGUUGUGGGUCCGCUAGCGUUGACAGCUGUGUUAUUACAUUCGCAAGGCAAGGAGGCGGAAGCAAAACAAUUAAUUUCUAAACUGAUGUCUUUAUCUUCUUAUGUCUUGGAGGGACAUGGACUACCCGAUGAAUUGUUGUAUGGAAGAGCCGGUUAUCUAGCCGGUUUGCUCUAUGUAAACGCUAACGUAUCUUCGGCUCCUAUAGAUGCGGAUCUUAUUAAAAAAAUUGUUUCUCGCAUAAUCAAUUCCGGGUCGUCGUACGCUUCGUCGAAUCGUUGUAAAUCACCGCUCAUGUUUUCCUGGCACGACAAAGAAUAUAUCGGUGCCGCUCACGGAUUAGCGGGCAUACUCUAUCUGCUGUUACAGGCGCGACAGUAUUUAACGCGGGAACAAAUUGACGAUUAUGUGAAACCGUCGUUGUACUAUCUGCAGCAAUUGAAAUUUUCUUCUGGGAAUUUUCCUUCUUCAAUGGGAAAUAAUUCGGAUAAACUAGUACAGUGGUGUCACGGAGCGCCCGGAAUGCCUGCGUUGUUUUGUUUGGCUUUCAAGGUGUUCGAAGACGAUACAUUCUUGGAGACCGCCGUAAGGUGCGGCGAAGUAAUAUGGGAAAGAGGAAUAUUGAGAAAGGGAUAUAGCCUUUGUCACGGCGUUGCUGGCAACGGUUAUGCUUUCUUGCAUUUGUUUCAACAGACAAAGGAUAUCAAAUACUUGUAUCGAGCUUGCAAGUUCGGCGAGUGGUGUUUCGAUUACGGUGCGCGCCAAGAUCGAGAUCCCGACAGACCGUUUUCUUUAUUUGAAGGUCUCGCUGGCGUAAUAUGUUUUUUAUUAGACUUGCAACAACCGCAUGCGGCCAAGUUUCCCAUGUACGACAUACUAACUGAAAAUUAAUUAUUCAACCAACACACAAUAAAUUACUUGAAUAUCUGCGAACAAAAACAAAUGAUGACAGAAUGAGAUAAUAAAAAGCAAAAAAGCCGA